UUAGUGUUUGGAGAAACUGUCUAAAAAUAAGUUCGCCGCCUUUUGAAAUCCUAAAUAAAAAUCAGUCUAAAAGAAAACCUCCACACGUAACGUCGCGGAAAAGUAUAUAAAUGGGGUCGAGCACGCUGAGUUUGAACUGUCCCGUGUGCGGAGUGGCUGCUUCGCAGGCCUGUACCCGCUGCAAGCUGGUGCGCUACUGCGAUCGGGAGCACCAAAAGCAGCACUGGCCGCAGCACAAGCGCUGCUGCCGGCCUUUCCGCGAGGAGCAAGACCCCCAGCUGGGCCGGUAUUUGGUGGCCACUCAGGAUAUUGCUGCCAAUCAAAUCAUUUUCGUAGAGCCACCCCUGGUAGUGGGGCCCAAGUGGUAUCUCUCGGAGGCGGAAAAGGAGGCCCCCAUUGUUCCAUGUGUGGGUUGCUAUACGCCUUGCCGCGUGGGAAAGCACCAGUGUCGCAGCUGCCAUUGGCCAGUCUGCAGCCCUGCCUGCACCCACGAGGCCCUAGAAUGCAGUGUGCUUAGCCUGGGGCCGGCUCCCGCUGGCCGGGCCGAUGCCCGCUCCCUGAACGACUACUUCAGGGGCGAUGCUCUGCUGGUGUUGAAGUGCCUGCUUCUGCAGCGCCAGAAUCCGGAGAAAUGGGCGGCCCUGCUGGAAAUGCAGUCGCACGAAGAGGAGCGCCAAGGCACCGAACUUCACGAGGAGGCGGAGAAGCGGGUAGUUAGUUACCUGGAUAAGCGAUUCUUGCGUCGCCUUAGACAGACCAAGCCCAAUCUUCUGGAGGAAAGCGGCACACAGCUGCUGCAUAGGCUGUGUGGCAUCAUUGAGACCAACUACAUGGUAAUCGAGCUUCCAACAGGAGUUGAGCUCAGUGGACUCUUUAGGCAGGCCUGCAUGAUGGAGCACGCCUGCCAGCCCAAUUGCUACUUUCAGUUUGACACCAUCUCCCAGCAAAUCGCUGUACGGGCGGGUGGCAACCUCCGGAAGGGAGAUCACCUGCAGAUUACCUACACCAACAUUUUGUGGGGCACUCAGAUGCGGCAGCAUCACCUGCGCAUGACCAAGCACUUCACCUGCCACUGCCCGCGCUGUACAGAUCCCACGGAGUACGGGAGCUAUGUCAGCGCUCUGGCCUGCCUGGGAGAUGUGAACCAGACGUGUAGUGGCACACAUCUGCCGGUGGAUCCGGUGGAAGAGGACACCCAGUGGAAGUGCAAUACUUGCCCCAUGAUCGUAGAUGCUGCCUAUGUGUCCGAGUUACAGACUCACAUGACGGAUCAGGUGGAGGGCAUGCUGGCCGGGUGCCCUCGCGCCAACGAGGUGGAACUGUUGUUGGCGCGGCUCUCCCAGAUGCUCCAUCCCAACCACUUUCACAUGUUCAAUUUGAAGCACACGCUGAUUCAGUUAUACGGCAAUGAAGCGGGCUUGGAGCUGGCCAGUCUCAGCAGCGGGCAGCUGGAAAGAAAGCUGCGCCUAUGCAAUGAACUCUACGAUGUUUGUAGGCGCCUGGAUCCCUACAGUAUCAAGCUGGCCAUCUAUGUAACUGUCAUUCUGAUUGAAAUUGCCCACGCGCUGGAAGAGCAAGCACGUAGAGCUCCCGCCGAGGGAGCUUCACUUCUGGAGCAAGCUCAGGCCCGCCUCAAGGAGGCACAAGAGGUAAUGGUAAAGGAGCACGACUCGGUGGCUGGCAAAAAGUUGAGUGACAAGCUGCAGAGGGAGAUCUUUGAUUGCGAAAAACUAGUGCUGACACUGGCAUACAACAAGUAACUUGGACUAUUUGGAGUAGGAAGUGAUCUAAAAGGAUAUUGUAAAUGUUAAAAAAUAAAUAUUUA